UGGCUCAUUAUUCCCGGAAAAUCCGUACUAAAUUGUUUGUUCAAGAGUGCUUGAUAACUUUAAUAUCUUAGAAUUACUUCAUAAGUUUUUCCUUACAUUUAACUGUGACGAUGUCUACCGAAGAACCAGGUAAUCAAAUUCGCUUCGAUCAAGACGUGGCUGGCCCUGAUGCACCAGAUCUAGACGGUGAAGAGCUAGAAGACAUUCCUGCAGCCAUGACCGAGUCUUACAGCGAAAUUUCCUACACACAAGAUUUUUUUGAAACCGGAAACAAUCGAGAACUAGAUGGGACAAAACAAAGUGGUACCGCAGUGGAUUCUGCCUCUUCGUCGUCGUCUUCUUCACAAACUAGGAAACGACCAGAUUCACUAAACUGUGAUAAGCGAAAAGAUACAUCGUUUCCAUAUAACUUAGAAGGUACAGUCCGGGUUGACGGCAAUAUGACACAUUUUGUUGCUGAGAAUCUAGAAUACAAAAUCAAACUGGCAAGUCCUGUGUCAGUUACGAGAAAAGACUCGGGCAAUCCCUCUAUCUCACGUCAAAGCACGCCAUCGGCUGCAACGGGCGCGGGCAGUUCCAGUAAUUAUGGUUUAAUGCCGAAACCAUUUAUGAUGCCACCACAGCUUAAUCAAAUAGAUCCAAAUGUUUUGAAUGAAGUGGAACGAGAGGCCCAGUCAUUGGCUGCUUCGGUUGAUAAUCUAACGGAGAAUCUUUGCUCCGUCCUACAUUCGAUAUCCUCAAUCACUGCUGAUAAUGUGGAAAUUUACAAGAAUGCCGUCACGAAAUUGACAGAUUGUAUGGACGCAAACAUUAAAUGCAUGUACACAAUUAUGGCCAAAGCAGAGGAAAUAUCUAAAGCCAUCAAACCUGCCGAAGCGCUGGCCACCAGAAUUCGCGAAAUUAAAAGGCUGGUGGAUAUGUUUGAAAGUAACCUCUAGACUAAAAUAUACUCUCCCGAGCGAAGGAUGUACACAAAACUAUAUAUCGUACUAAGCGUUUCAGUGCAUUACAAACAGAAGCGCUAAACUAGACAGUAUUUAUUUAUUUGUUCGACAGAUAGUAGGAUUAAGUUUUCAUUGUAUCCAUAGAAAUGUAAAGUCAAUGUUUAGGGCUACUUAUAAUGACGAUUGAUAUAAUGAUGAUACUAUUAAUAAUCCGGUAAAGCGAUAAAUUCUUUUAUGUUUAUACAAAUUCAUUCGAUUGUCUACA